GGAAAAUGUAUUUUAACAUCUUGCUGACAGAUCUAAGUGUCUGAUCACACCAUCCAACAGCACGCCAUUACAACCUUGGUUGUUAUGACAACUAUGUCACACAUAACUUAAAAAAAGUUCUGCAAAGGAGCUGAGGCUUAUGGUUGUCGGGAGCAGCGGACCCUCUCAGUUCCAACUAACCAAUGCUAUACUGGGGAAGGAGGUCUUUUCAACGGAUGUUACCAGUAUUUCUGCAAGUGUGAAGAACAAGGGAGAGCUGUCUGGGCGACCAGUGGGAGUGGUCAACGGACCAAACAUGUAUGACAAGGAUAUAACUCAUGUAAAAAGGAGGAUGGAGCUCAGGAGGUCUAAGUGCUUAUGUAUACCUGGUCCUCAUGCCUUCCUUAUUGCCUUUGACAUUGAGAAAAUCUCUCCAAAUGACAUGAAAACUCCCUGGCUGUUAAAAAAACGCUUUGGAGCAAACUGUCUAAAACACUGCAUGGUCCUCUUUGCCUAUGAAGGAAAUCUGGAUGGAGCUUCUCUGGAAAACAGAGUGAAGAAGACGGAAUGGUACCUGAGAGAACUGAUUGAGAAGUAUGGUGGGCGCUUUCAUGUUUUCAAGAAGGACUGGAGAGAUCGAAGCCAAGACAAGGAGCUACUGCGGAAGAUCGAGUUAACGGUGGCUUCGUUGGGAGGGGGACAUUUCUCCUGCAGAACUUUCCAAAUGGCAGAAGACAGUGUGAGGAAGGAGGAGAAGAGGCUCAGAAAACAGAGGGCAGUUGUGAUAGAGCGGACAUGGAAUGAGAUGGAGCAGCAGUACAUGUCAGAGGAGCUGUGUUUCCAAAAGGAUGUCUACAUUGCCAAUGUUCGCGCAGAGAUUCAGGCUAAGGCAGAACUUGAUAACGGAUGGCUCAGAACAUCCCUGGCCAGGGGACUGGGUAUUGGCUUAGUUGUGGGGGCAGUGAUUGGUGCAAUCUUUGGAUCUAUUGAGGGAGUGGGAGGAAUGGUUCUUUUUGGUUUUAUAGGUGGGGCAGUUGGUGGAUCUGCUGGGGGAACUGCUCAGGUGGCAAUCAAGCAUAUGGAAAAUAGAGUUACCCCGCCAGCCAGACUUAACUUCAAUUCCAUCUUCAUUAACCGCUUCUUUGCAGUUCCUCGUACAUGAGAUUACUUAAUUUUUCAGUAUAAAAAGAAAUGUUACUUAUUUGUGUGCAAGUGGAAACAACUCGAGUCAUCUCUCGCUCUUUAUUUUAUGUUUUUAUUGAGACUCCUUCCAGUGUAUUAAAGUCAUUUUAAAAUGAUCUUUUCAGCUGUUCCAAAUGUCUUUGAAAGGUUUGUCUUAUGACAUUGACUGAUGUUCGCUUACUUUUUCUUUAAUACUUGACAGUUUUCACAGGUUUGACAGGCAACUAAACUCGGACCCAUGAAUCAUCCCACUUCAGAGGGAUUUCUAAACCCAAGAGAUAAACCAGCGUUAUUGUGGUAACACAUAAUUUACAACAUAGCAAAGAAACAUUUUUAAAUUGCAUCUUCAGACCUCUUUAUGAGUCUGACAUAACACAGGAAGCAAUUUAGUCUAUCUACUGGAAUGUAGAUGACCUUUGUUUAUCUUAACACAAUUCACAAAGAAUAGGAUGAUUCAUAAGAACAUUUAAAUGUUUUGG